AUGACACCAUUUAAGACCUGGAUUCUGGGAUGUGGCUUACCCCGCGUCUACCCCAAAUUCCGUUGGACUAAUGCAGCAUUCAUGCCAAGAGAGCUCAGCACAAGCUGGCCGACUUCAAGUUUGAAGUCUUGCACUGGUAAUCUUGACCACGUGCUCUCCAAGACCCCACAUCCCAAUGACUCAUCAAGCCGGUGUUUGCCCUUCCACUCAAGUAAUGCCAAGAAUCCAAGAUACUCUACCGGCGAGCUUCAAAGGCUAAUCAUCUCCUUCCUGAUGGCCCCGAAUAAUGCUGAGCGACCUAGCCUGGGUAACUGCCGAGGUAUAGAAUUUUUUGAGGGUGAGGUGCAUGCGCCCCCCGUUUUGGCGCGAAAGCUCACCCAGCAAAUCAAUGCGGCAAUAAACAUAUCGCGUACCUCCUCAUCUGUUGUGUGCGCUGCCCCACCUGUCAGUGGCACCCUUUUAAACCCAACAGAACAUCGACUCUUGGGAUUCACUCCUGACCCGGUGGGGCUACUUCGAUUCAUCGCUGUUGAUCACAGAAUCUUAGUAAAGCCUCCCAUCAAUCGUAACUUCCAUCUUGCUUCACUUCCUUUCAUACCGAUCGCUUUAUCUCAAAAACUUCAUUGGGGCCAAAAACUCCAGAACCUCCCACUAAAUCUUUUACAUCGUCGAGCGGCUUCACGUCAGCGCCUUUCAACGCCCCACAGUCUCGUCGAUCAAAAUUUAGGCAACAUACGCGAGCCUAACUCCUUUUAUUUACACGCGGUCUCGUCACAGAUAUACGAUGCAGCUAUCAAGCAACGCUUCCAAAGAAAAAGUUUUACAUCAUCAUCUGAUGCGCCCGAGCCCGAGGUGGGCAUGGAGCCGUCAAAGAAUCCUACUCUGUUGACCAAUCUCAAACGAGCCCUUCAGUCUUCCCCUGAGCUGGUCCAGAACAAGUUAAUGAGCUCAACAAGCACCCUCAGCUCACGCCUUUCGUCUCCUACUCGCUCGUCUCUUGAAUCUAGUCAAAGAUCGCAUAGCAACUUUGCCCGGAUCAUGGACAUCAACUCGAGAACCACAGUGAUCUUUGAGCCUAUGCGAGGUCGUAAACAAAGUAAUUUCCCACUCCGCCAAGCUUCUGAUAUGUCCUUUGUUCGACCUCUUCGCCAAACUCGUUCUCUGGCUGAGUGCGCGGUCCAAAGCCCGAACCUUCUGCCCACCAUCACGAUCACCACGCCGGAAGACGACGAGCGCUAUGUGCUAUUCUCUCCCAAGUCUGACGAGCCUGACCACUGCCAUCUGGCUGUUCCGACCCUGGGAUCUCGAAACUGGCCCCAUCCGGCGGGACCUUGGCUUCGUGCUUCCGAGGAUGUAAACCCCCUGGCCUCCAAACAUAGCUAUCGCCUCUCGAAUGAUACUCUUGUACGAUGGCCAGCUGGUCGAAACUCACCUCCUCGGCUCAUGACCGAUGACCAACGUGAAGCAAUUGCCUUGGUCGAACAGAUCAAUUUGAAUCUUGAAAUGGCACAGACUGCACUUUACUCGCGGCUUCAACCGCCUUGCUUGGAUGAAUGGGCCGAAGAAUUUGAUGAUGAUGAAUAUGAUGAUGACGAGGAAGAGUUAACGACAUGGAGCCAGCAAGACAAUCAAUGCUACCAUCGUUUUCCGGCUGUUGUUAGUGAUAAUGAAGACUACGACAUUGAGACGAUCGAGAUGAUUGAAUGA